GUUUACAAAAACAAAUGAAACUACAAUGUAAACAGUGAACACCCGAUAAACUACUCCGGUCACUGGUCAGUCCACUUCUCAAGCCAUCUGAAACCAAGAAAUUUUAACACAACUAUGUUCCUUCCCUUGAACACCAAAGAAGAGUAGUGAUUGUGCUGUAUCUAUUUCUAUAUUUCUAUUUGUUUUUCUUCUCUGCCCAAAAGAUUCUGCAAUUGAUGUGAUGGCCUUAUCACUUGCAGCCCGUUUUACCUUCAACCUUCCCAAUCAAAGUUUGCAGACCCAUGCUCAAGUUUUCACCUUUAGAACACCCUCAAGAAUCUUGACAACAAGAAGCUCUUCAUUUUUCUUGGCAACCCAUUUGAAGCCUUUGGUAAAAAUCAAUUCUACUGGUUUUAAAGUACUGACCAGGGCUUGUAGUGAUGGUGGUGGGGAUAAAAUUGAUGCUUCUACUUCUUCUGAUAUAAAGGCAUCAACAAUCAGCCCAUCUACUUCUGGUGAUGAAUAUGUUGCUUUGUUUGUUCGGAUGCUUGGGUUGGACAAUGAUCCAUUAGACAGAGACCAAGCCGUUGUUGCCCUUUGGAAGUAUUCACUCGGAGGGAAACAAUUCAUUGAUGCUAUCAUGCGUUUCCGUGGUUCCAUUAAUCUUGUUGUAAAUCUCUUGAAAUCAGAGUCCACUAGUACAUGCGAGGCAGCUGCAGGUCUUUUGAGAACGAUAUCUGCAGUUAAUGCUUAUAGAGACCUCGUAGGUGAAAGUGGAGCGAUAGAGGAGAUAUUUGGCUUGCUUAGGCGGUCUUCCUUGGUUUCUGAUGUGAAGGAGCAGAGUUUGUUUACAUUGUGCAACUUGUCUGUUGAUGAGAAGUUUCGGUCAAAAAUUGUGCACUCUGAUCUCCUUCCUAUACUUAUUAAGUUAUUAGAGGAUGAAGACAUUAAAGUGGUGGAAGCAGCUGGAGGAGUUCUGGCUAACUUAGCGUUAAGUCAAUCCAGUCACAAGAUUAUGGUUGAAGCAGGUGUAAUCCCAAAAUUGGCGAAACUCUUAACGACUGAUGCUGAAGGCUCUAAGGUCAUUAGAAAAGAAGCCAAAAAUGUUUUGCUUGAACUUGCAAAAGAUGACUUUUACAAAAUACUAGUUGUGGAGGAGGGUUUAGUUAUAGUUCCUCUGAUUGGCACAGCUGCCUACAAGUCCUUUAGACCAGCUUUGCAUUCUUGGCCUUCUUUGCCUGAUGGUACAGAGAUAAAACAGAGUUCAAAGGGUCCUUCAAGAUUUGGUGCAUCUGAAUUACUUCUUGGAUUAAAUGUCCAGGACAAGAAUUCUGACUUGGAAGAAGCAAAAAUGAAUGCUAUAGUUGGAAGAACACAGCAACACUUUCUUGCCCGUAUUGGGGCUAUUGAAUUAGAAGAUCAGCAGAUAUUUAAUGGUGAAUCCUCUUCUGAUAGGCGGAUCACUAUUUUGCCAUGGAUGGAUGGUGUUGCUCGGUUGACUUUGAUACUUACAUUAGAAGAUGAGUCUGCUGUUGCUAGAGCUGCCGAGGCUAUUGCUGAUGCAUCUAUCAGUGAGCAUAUGAGGGUCUCGUUCAAAGAAGCUGGAGCUGUUAAACAUCUGAUUCAGUUGGUGGGUCAUCAUAAUGUCAUUGUUCGGUUGGCUGCUAUUAGUGCUUUGGAUAGGCUGUCUUUGAGCAAUAAUGUUUGCCAGAGAAUAGAAGCAGAAGGUGUUUUGUAUCCAUUGAUUAAUUCUUUGAAGAACUCUGAGAUCCCUGGGAAAGGGGCAGAUAUGAUACUGAAUAUUCUUAAUCGGAUAUUGGAUCCAAGCAGAGAAAUGAAAUUUAAGUUUUAUGAUGGACCUGUUAAUGGAUCAAAGAGGGUAGAUGCAAAAGAAAAUAUUGAAUCAGCUCAAAAUGUAGAUGAGAUUGGAGUUUCGAGAUCAACUAAAAGCUCGCAAAACAUCCAUGUGGAGUAUACAUCAGAUUCUGCUUUUCUUGUUUGCCUUGUUGAGAUCCUGAAGACGUCAGCCCCGGUUUCGCAACGAAAAGCAGCCUCUAUUUUUGAGUUUAUGGCAGUUGAUCAGUCAUGCAUGGAGAAAAUCACCUCGGUGGAUAUUGCAUCUGGUCUGGAUGCGGUUUUUAAACAAAGCAUAUUGAAAGGAAUUGAAUCUAACUUUGACCAUCAGCAGCCGGAACUACAUGCGUUGGAAGUCGAAGAAGCUGGUCAUGCAAUUUCAGCCGCCUCUCGAUUGUUAACAAGACUGCUCGACAGUGAUAGAUUCUGCCAAUCCAUAAAUUCCCUUCAUUUCACGAAACAGCUCCGCGAAAUCCUCCGCUCUUCUAUUCCCCUGCACAACAAAGAUUGGGUUGCUGCUUGCCUGGUUAAACUCAGUUCCCUCUCAGGUCCCUUCCCAGGCUUUGAAGAUCCUAUAAACAGGGAAGUAACACUGUAUGAAACAGUGCCAAGAUUAAUACAACAAAUUAAAAACUCAUUUUCUCCAGAAAUCCAAGAAGCUUCUGUUAUAGAACUUAACAGAAUAAUUUCCGAAGGGGUGGUUAAUUCCUCAAGAGCAGUCGCUAUAGAAGGAGGAAUCUUUCCACUGGUAAAGCUAAUCGAAGAAGGCACGGACAGGGCUGCGGAAGCUGGUCUCGCGAUUUUAUACAAUCUGAGUAUGGACAGUGAGAAUCACUCAGCUAUUCUUGCUGCCGGAGCAGUGCCUGUAUUGAGGAGAAUUGUACUCUCACAGAGACCACAAUGGACACGAGCUCUUCAUUUACUCAGAACCUUACCUUCAUCAUAAGUUCAUAUCAUUGUAGAACCUGUUAUCUGUGCUACUAUUAAUUUUGUAGGGAAGUAUUAUUAAUCAGAAUGAGUUAAAAAGUUCUGUUUUACAAGCCUUCUGUAAUUCUAAUGGUACAUGCAUGUGUGUGUGUUUAUUUUUUA